AUGGCUUCAAAUUUCAUGAUUUUGUUGAUUUUGGGAACUCUAAUAUAUACUACUUCGGCUCGAAAGCUUAUCGGAUUAGGUUUCCCCGAUAACAUUCCACAAGUUACCGGCGGAUUUGGCGGUGGAGGCGGCGGUGGAGGACAUGUUGGUCCUGACGGUAUAGACAUUGGAGGAGGUAUUGGUGGUGGGGGUUCAAUAACUGUACCUGGAAUUGGGUCAAUUGGCGGCGGUGGAGGCAUCGGGAUAGGCGGAAGCAUUGGCAGAGAUGGAUCAGUUUCCAUCGGAGGCGGCGGCGGCGUAGGCAUCGGGGGUCAAAUCGGCGAUAUAGGUUUUGGCGGUGGACAAGGUUUGGGUGGUGGGCAAAGUUUCCGUGGAUUGGACGAUUAA